UUCAAACAUAAACCUUGAAAAGAAAAAGAAAAAGAAAAAACAAACAUAUAUUUAUAACACAAAAAAGCUCCUUGAUGUUUCUUAAAUUUGUCGACAAUUCUUCCACUUUAGAAUGAAUAUCGCCGGCGGAGGGCAGCUGCCUUUCCGGCUUGUGACAACAACUCUCCUCAGCCUCCUCCUUCCUCUCUCUUUCCUUCUCCUUAGUCGUCUCUCUUCUGCUUCCUUCCUCUUCUCCUUAAUCAAAUCUCAGCCGCACACAGAAUCAUCUUUCUUCUACUCUCUCUUCCUUCGCGCGAAUCCUGCGAUCGUAUACGUCGUCGUUUCAUCAGUAAGCGUUUAUACUCUAGUUCUUGGCUUAACCACAAGGAUCACAGCUGCAGAUCCCAAACGUUCGAUUGCUCUUUAUCCACACGUCAGCAUCGCGUGGCUGACACUCUUCCUUGUUCAAAUCUCCGUCGCUUUAGGACUCGAGACAACUAUCUCCAACGGUUUAAUCAUCGGAAGCGAACGUAAUUUCUUGAGCAGGCUUGUGUUUUUCUUUGGUCUUCACGAGGUGAUGCUUCUCUGGUCUCGAUUGAUCGUGAGACCUGUGGUGGAUAACACGCUGUUAGGAAAAGAAGACGGUCAACGGAGAGAAGAGACCAUGGUGGAGAGGGUGGCUUUGGCCGUUAGCUGCGGGACAUUGUGGUGGUGGAAGCUUCGGGACGAAGUAGAGGCUUUGGUUGGUGUGGCAGAGGCUAAAAGAGCAUUGUUGUUGUUACUACCGAUCGAUGGUAACCUCAACGUUAGUUUUGAUGUGGGAACGUUGGAUUUUCUGAACUGGUGGUUAUAUUAUAUGGUUGUGACGAUUGGUAUGGUUCGGAUCGUUAAAGGGUCUUUGUGGUUUGGGAUGAUUUUGCUUUUCGAACAAGGCAGAAGAAGAAAUCCACGUGCAAGUCCUACUGCUUCGAAUCAUGAAGGUGACAAUAAAGUCUAAGUAACAGAUCAGUGUCAUCUUAUUUGAAAGUUUUAUACAAGAUUUUUGUAUUAAAUAUAUGCGUUAAAAGAUAUCUCUAGCAAAAUUAAGGAUUCCAAUUUAUAUACAAAUUCAAAUUUUUCUUGUAGUCUAAUGCGUCGGUCUUUAUAUGACAAAGUUUGGCUUCUUGUUCUUACACCAAAA